AGUUGGAAACUCUAUGCAGGUCUCCCACGCACAUAUCGAUUCUGGUCACACGAAAGCAGCAAAACCUUCCACGCCUCCGCAGGCCAAGGUCACCAAACGACCCGAUCCCAUCCCCCAUCAGCCGUCAAUCCUGACGACUCUAGUUGCUCUCCCUCGUCCCCCUCCAAGAAGUUUCCAUUCCUUUUAUUAUUUUUUCCCCAACCCGAGGUCCUCGGUGAUAGGCUCCUGCAUGGAUUUUAAUUGCCUCAAUCAGCAGUCUUUCUCCCAUCAGUCAGUCAGAUCCUGGACGGUGGGCCCGGAGACUGCGCUCUCCGAAGCACAGGGAUGACGCGCUCCGGACCGCCGCGCGGCUCAGUAGGAAGGCGUCAGUCUAGCCCAAGGAGCCGAAAUGGGCCCUUCAGUACGUAGGCGCCCUUCCCCCACCGUCCCCUCCCCAAGCUCACGAGCCGCUCGUGAUUCCAGCCCAGCCGCCGAGGCUCUCGAGGUCAGAGCGACCUCAGCACCGUCUUGCAGGAAGGCGGCGCGGAAAUCGUGCCUCCUUCCCGGCAGCAGGAGCCAGACCUCAAACAAUACGCCAAUCGAUGCUUAUAUGAGACUCAUCGGGCCACCCUCUCCGCCUCGCUGAAGCCAGCGCGCAGGCAGCAGCGUUAGCACUCUGGACAGCGCUCCCGGGCCCGCGGGGACUGCCCGCCCGCCCCCCGCCUCGCUCUCCCCAGGGGCUCGCCCUCACGCCUCCCACCCACACGCUCAGACUCCAGUGCGUUCGCGCUGUCUGUCUCGCAUCCUCCCUCUCCCAUUUUUUUCUCUCCGCCGCCCCCUCAUCCAUCCGGGUUGGACUCCUCCUUCAAAUGCAGUCGGGUGCUCGGCGCUUUCCCAUACCCUGGCUGCGCGGACCCUUUGGUCUCCAUCCCUAUUCAACCUCAGCUUUUAGAGAGUUGCCACGUCUCUAAACCCUAAUCCCACCCCCCCACACACACACACACACACACGCGCACACACGCACGUUUCCUGUCCCAGUGUGACACCCACCCUCUGCCGCACGGCUGCGCGGGUCCCCGCGCGGUGCCCUCCUCCCGCCACACUCACGCACGCACGCGCGCUCAGGACCGAGCCGAGGGCAGCUUGCUGACAGUUCGCACUCGGAGGCGACUUGCUCCAGUCUCACGGCGCUGAUGGCAACUCCAGGCUCAGGCUUUUGGUCCUUCGGGUCUGAAGAUGGCUCCGGGGAUCCCGAGAACCCCGGAACAGCGAGAGCCUGGUGUCAGGUGGCCCAGAAGUUCACGGGCGGCAUUGGAAACAAGCUGUGCGCCCUGCUCUACGGGGAUUCAGAGAAGCCGGCAGAGAGUGGAGGGAGCCAGCCCGCGCGGGCCACCUCCCGGAAGGCCACCUGUGCCUGUAACCAGAAGCCUUGCAGCUGCCCCAAAGCGGAUGUCAACUAUGCGUUUCUACACGCAACAGACCUGCUGCCAGCCUGUGAUGGAGAAAGGCCCACUUUGGCGUUUCUGCAAGAUGUAAUGGGCAUUUUGCUUCAGUAUGUGGUGAAAAGUUUCGACAGAUCAACCAAAGUGAUUGAUUUCCAUUACCCUAAUGAGCUCCUGCAAGAGUAUAACUGGGAAUUGGCAGACCAACCACAAAAUUUGGAGGAAAUUUUGAUGCAUUGCCAAACGACUCUAAAAUAUGCAAUAAAAACAGGGCAUCCCAGGUACUUCAAUCAACUUUCCACGGGACUGGAUAUGGUUGGAUUAGCAGCAGACUGGCUAACAUCAACAGCAAACACUAAUAUGUUCACCUAUGAAAUUGCUCCAGUAUUUGUGCUCUUGGAAUAUGUCACGCUGAAAAAAAUGAGAGAAAUCAUUGGCUGGCCUGGGGGCUCCGGCGAUGGGAUAUUUUCUCCUGGUGGCGCUAUAUCUAACAUGUAUGCCAUGCUGAUUGCACGCUUUAAGAUGUUCCCAGAAGUCAAGGAGAAAGGAAUGGCUGCUGUUCCCAGGCUCAUUGCCUUCACAUCCGAGCAUAGUCAUUUUUCUCUCAAGAAGGGAGCUGCAGCUCUGGGGAUUGGAACAGACAGCGUGAUUCUGAUUAAAUGCGAUGAGAGAGGGAAAAUGAUCCCAUCUGAUCUUGAAAGAAGGAUCCUUGAAGCCAAACAGAAAGGAUUUGUUCCUUUCCUUGUGAGUGCCACAGCUGGGACCACUGUGUAUGGAGCAUUUGACCCCCUCUUGGCGGUCGCUGACAUUUGCAAAAAGUACAAGAUCUGGAUGCAUGUGGAUGCAGCUUGGGGUGGGGGAUUACUGAUGUCCCGGAAACACAAGUGGAAACUGAGCGGCGUGGAGAGGGCCAACUCUGUGACAUGGAACCCACACAAGAUGAUGGGCGUCCCCUUACAGUGCUCUGCUCUCCUGGUUAGAGAAGAGGGGUUGAUGCAGAGUUGCAACCAGAUGCAUGCUUCCUACCUUUUCCAGCAAGAUAAACACUACGACCUGUCCUACGACACUGGAGACAAGGCCUUACAGUGCGGACGCCAUGUCGAUGUUUUUAAAUUAUGGCUAAUGUGGAGGGCAAAGGGCACCACUGGGUUUGAAGCACAUAUUGAUAAGUGCUUGGAGCUGGCAGAAUAUUUAUACAAUAUCAUAAAAAACCGAGAAGGAUAUGAAAUGGUGUUUGAUGGAAAGCCUCAGCACACAAAUGUCUGCUUCUGGUACGUGCCUCCAAGUUUGCGUGUCCUGGAAGACAAUGAAGAGAGAAUGAGCCGCCUCUCAAAGGUGGCCCCAGUGAUUAAAGCCAGAAUGAUGGAGUAUGGGACCACAAUGGUCAGCUAUCAGCCCUUGGGAGACAAGGUCAAUUUCUUCCGCAUGGUCAUCUCAAAUCCCGCAGCAACUCACCAAGACAUUGACUUCCUGAUUGAAGAAAUAGAACGCCUUGGACAAGAUUUAUAAUUAGCUCUCUGAGCUGUUUCAAUUCUCUAGGUAGACAAUUAAGUUGUCACAAACUGUGUGAAUGUAUUUGUAGUUUGUUCCAAAGUAAAUCUAUUUCCUAUUGUGGUGUCAAAGUAGAGUACAGUUUAAAAAUCAAAAAACAAAAAACAAAAACAAAAAACCACAUUGCUCCUUUUAAAAAUCCUUUCUUAAGUUUAGAAUACCUCUAAAAAUUAGCGACAAAAGGCUGUGUUCUAAUCAAUAAUGAGAAGCUUAAAAUUGUUUUAAAUACUUCCCUUACUUUUAAUAUAGUGUGCAAAUCAAACUUUAUUUUCACUUCAGAGUAGUAUGAUUGAAUAGUGCCAGAUUGCCCCUGAAUCAUAAAAGGUUCUUUGGGGUGCAGUCAAAAGGAGAAAGUACAUAUAAAAUGUAUGUUGACAAUAAAAACUCUUGCCUUUUUCAUAGUAUUAGAAAAAAAAAUUUCUAAUUUACCUAUAGCGACAUUUCAAAUGUAUUUAAAUACAUAUAAUUUUACAAAAGGAAAAUAUAUAUAUUAAAAAGAAAUCCUAUUUUGUAACAUAUAGAUUUUUAUUUUAUAUGGGUUAUACAAACUGCAGGGGCAGAUAUAAAAACUAAGCCAGAUUUUUUUUUCUCUUUCUUUUAAUGGAGGCACAAUAAACACUUAGUAAAGUUGUCUUGAAACCUAGGCCCACAAAAUUCUUAAAAGGUAUCUUGCCUUCUUUCUAUUUAGGGUAUGGCUUAUCACAUCCCUAAAGUUAGUAUUACAAAAUGAACACAAAAGAAUAUUGCAAGUUCUUUAAAAUGACUGACCAGAUCAACAAUAAGAUUCUCUUCCUAGUUAAGUCUUCCACCCAGUUGGCCCUGAGCAGAGCUGCUCAGGAAGCCUGACAAGCCAAGCUUCAUCUUAGACUAAACUAGGGUAAUUGUUUGUUCUCUGCUUUCCAGUUCAGCUUGUUUUGAACAGAAGGUUGAUGCCAGUUCUUGAGGCAUCUUCCCAAACAAUAUUCUUUUAGUACGUCAUUUGGAUUAAUUAGGUAAAAUAAAAAUAAAAUCUAAUCAGCCUGAGCAAAGAGGAAUGAAGCAUGCUUCAGAAAUGUGGUGAGCCCAGAAAAUUGAACUCAGCCCUGAGACAGGAGAUCUCUGCGUGAGAACAAUGAUGUCAUCCUGGGCACCAUAUUGCCACUGUCCGGGGAGGAGUCAUUUACCUCCUGGGUAAUUGCUUAUUCCCAUUCCCUCCCCAUCUCCUACCCACAAAAAUUCUCUCCUGCUAGGCCUCAUCACUGAAAUCCAGAAUAAUUAAUUUCUAUUCCAUGGAUGGUUAUUUUCCUCUCAUAAAGUGAGCUCCUCACCUGAGAUUUUGAGGCAGCAUCUUAAGACCUUCUUUGAUCUGCCUCUCAUCAAGAUCCAAAGUGACCAGAGUAUGCAGAAAUAGUAAGAUCUUUAGAAUUCAAGAUAAUAUUUUGAAAGCAUUCUUCUUCCCCUAUAAACCUGAUGGAGAGACAGGAGCUAACGAGCUCUCAUAGAUAUUUGUGCGGCCACAGAUUGUUGGAUUCCAAGUACUAGAAUGACGACUGCAGACUCAUAGAUGCAGACUGUAGAUAGAAACUUAGAAACAUUCAUCCUUUCUAUAUGGACCAGAUUAGUAUUCAGUACACUCAGGUGUACAAGGGGAGAAAGAAAGAAAUGUCCUAUAAUAUAUACCACAAGAUCCAACCAUCUGAAAUCUGCGUGAGCUUGCCCCUACAUUCUUUCUCCCACAUUAUAUACAAAAACAUUGAUACUUGAAAUGAACAUAGGUUUGGGUCUUUCCUGUCUAGGAAGCAAAUAGGUUCCCUGUGACGACUAGGAGAAAACUUUUAUCUGUGCCCCAGAAUUUCAUGAAGGAAUAAGCUUCCCCAUCUAGGCUAUGCAUCCCCUUCCUUUCUAGAUAUCGGCUAUUGAGACUAAGCACAGAGCUGCCCACCUAUUUUGAGCCUCAGGCCAAAAGGUCCUACCUCAGAGGCAGAGUCACUAUCAAACCCAUUGUCCUGCUUGGAGAAGAUGGUGGAGUCCAGGGCCCUGCCCUAGACAGAUCCCUCUUAACUCCAGGAUGCUUAUACCUUGUGGUACAGAUUCUCUGUCAGAAGCUGCUGUUUUUAACUUGAUAGUAUGACAGAAUUUAAAAGGAGGAACAUUUGUACCUGUGCAGGAAAUUCCAGCAAAAUAACUUCUACCCAUAGAUUGUUUCUCUCACCCCCUGCUCCUUCCAGAUCCUUCCCUAAGUUGGCUGGGAGCCUUGCUCAGUCCUAUGCAGUAAAAUCCCUGCCAACCAUAACCCAGAAAAGGAGGUAAAUAAAAGCCUAAUAGGUCCCAGUAGUUUAAUAAACAUUCUUUAAAGUAGGUCUGUAAUCUACUUGGGAGAGAAGGAAUAAGGAAGGAAGGUUGUUUUGAACAUCAGCUCAAAUUCUCAGUGCCAAAGGCCUUUAUAGGGGACCAUCCUUUACAAAUUUUAGAAAAGCCUGGUUUUAGCUUAAUCAGAGUUGACAUGGCCAUUUUCCUUUUAUUCAGCAAUAUUGUGUUUAUUAUUUUUAAAUACUUGAAGAAAAGUGGUAUGUCUUUAUCUGAGAUGCAUAAAUGGUAUUGACUUCACGUACUGUCACAAGGCUUGUGAGGAAAGGAAAGGAAAUCAAUUGUGUGUAUAAUCGUGUUGCCUUUGUUUAUAUUGAUAGUACUGUCCCGUCACCUCAGAUUGGGGUUGCGCACUUUAGAUCUGAACUGUAUGGUGUUGCAAAUCAACAUGCGUUGCUAUAAAAGCUUGUACAAUAUAUUAUUGAUAUGUCGUCUUCCGUGUGGUAGCUGUACUAAUAUGAGAACUACAUUUGCAUCCAUUCCUGCACUCUCACCCCCUCCCUCUCUCUGCUAAACUGUACACCCUCCACAUCAGCUCUAAUAGAGAACAUGCCCUCGGCUAAGCUCCCCACUGAGAAAUCUCCUUUGAGAACUAUGUGAUUUCACAAAAGGCAAGGUGAAUGCUACUUCAUCUCUGAAAGUAGAAGAAACCGAUGUGGAUAGAGUGUCACAACCCUUCCAAAUUGCAGGUAUUGUCCCUGCCAGGGUUUUGGAGCAGGCUCUACCCCUCAGAAUAUGGACAGAGAAUGCACGGGGGUAAAUAUAGCAGCAGGACAGGGAAUCAAAGACCCUAACGGUGGGUAUCAUCUUGCACGUGCUUUCCUGUUUUCAAAUGCUAAGUACAAACACUGUGUAUUUAUUAGUUACGUGUGCCAAAAUACUGUUCCCAAUUGGUGUUUCUGGAAGACAUCGCCAUCUUCCCAACAUUACUCCAUUACUCAAGACAGAAAAAAAUAAAAAAUAUAAACAUGUGGCAACCUGUUCUUCUUACCAAAUAUAAACCUGUGUAUGAUCUAAGUAUUUUAUCUGUAUUGUCUCUCUAAACCCAAAUAAAUGUGUAAAUGUGGACACACCUCA